AUGCGCUUCGUUCCCAAUCGUCUCCCUCGCGAAACGCAGAGCAUCGUACUCAAACCCGUCGAUUUGCGCUCGCGGUCGCGAAGCCGAGCGACAACCAUGCCGCCGAGUCGAUGGCAAUUCAUCGAUUUAUCAAAAGACAGCGCCGAUAAUCUUACACAAGUCAAGCGCCAUGUUAUGCAGGAGUAUAUGCGACAGAAACGGAUAGAGACCCAGCAGCAAGAACGUCCGAACGACGACAAAGAUAGCGACGCGAAAAACUCGAUCAAAAAGACCGCCAAGCGAUCGCGAGGCAAGGCGACAAAACCAACGAAGGAGUCGAACAUUGGAGGGAAAGCUCAAAGGCGAACGGCUACACGUGAUGCUGAUAAGAAAGAGGAAGAAUCAAGCCUCAGGAUAGUACCUGUCCCGCACGGCAACACCCAUCGAUAUCACUCUUCCGACUACAGCGAAUUCUCCUCGUCAUCUCCCUCUUCUUCCUCUUCGUCCGUUCGAUAUUUUGAUCCAACAAUUGACGGCGAAAACUAUGGCCUCGACUUUGGAGCGGGAUUCCAAAGCACUCCACCUCAAUCGACUCGGUCAACCAUGUUGUCGCCUCCUCGAACUGUCUUGAGUGCCGCAAGAACCGACCCGUUUGAUACCCUACCAUGGAAUUCCUCAAAGGAAGACCAGCGUCUGUUUGAUUUCUACGUGAACGAAAUGCCAGCAGUCUCUUACGGACACCACUUUCGUACGAAACGAGCGCACAAUUGGUACACUGAGAUCUUCGUCCCGGAGGCCAUGAAAGGUGCUUUGACCUUUGUCAAUACCAUUCUUGUCCACGCCGCAAAUACCUGGGCCUGGGUUCGCAAUGAGAACGAGACGGAUAGCACUUUGCGUUAUCGACAACUUGCUAUUUCUAUGCUUCGCGAUCACAUGCAAAAGUAUCCUUAUGACACAACUGACAAUGUGAUCACUGCCUGCAUGAGCGCUGCCGCUCUUGAAGAUUUUGAUCCCCGGCCAGGACACAAAGAAAUUAGUUGGAUCCACAUGCGUCAAGCCCAGAAGCUCAUACGGCGCCGCGGAGGUCCUAUCGCCUUUCAAAACACCAAGCUCGCGAGACUCAUCAACUGGCAAGACUAUAUUUUAGCCGGGUAUGUCUCCGAUGCGGAUGCAUUCCAUUUUGAAGAUGAGCGCUAUCAUAAUUAUGCUAUAAAGUCAUCUCCGAUUGCCUCAUCUACGACCUCUUUUCCAUCACCACCAAAUUCAGUAUCGCCGACUACCUUAGAUCGCACUCCUUCACCUACAACCCAUCAUUUUACGAACACAGCCAAGGAGGAGAUUGCCUUGCAAUGCGAGGAAUUCAUAGAUUUUCUCACGCGAUGUGAACAUCUGGCAUUGAGCCAACGUAUGAAACUAUCGUCAAAAGAUGCGCCUGUCCGAUACUCUGCCUUUGGACCUGGAUCAACUCUUCACCGUAUUUUAGCAUCUCCUGCGGAGAAGCGCAAGACUCUCACUGGAGAUAGAAAGCAGUUCAUCACCCGACUGGCGGCCCUCAUGAUGCUGAAUGCCGCACUCUGGGAUUAUCGAUACUCAGUUCCCAGAACCGAAGCUUUUAUAGAGCAUGCCAUACUUCAACUUCGAGAUAGCGAGGUCAACGUUGAUGCGUCGAUAGAGGCUCUUUUGCAAAUACUAUUAGCAUGCAAGGACUUUGCCUUCAAUGAUUCCGUGCCGUUUGCCAUGCACUCGCUAUCGCUGCCACCAGCUUCUCGACCAAUUGGCGAUUUCUCGCAAUAUUCCGAAACGGCGACAUCUCCCUUUGACAGGCCGUGGUUUGUCGGCCGUAUGCUUAAAGUUGCGAAGCGUUUAGGACUCCAGUCAUGGCUGCGACUAAACAACUUUUUGUUUGAAUGCCUGACUUUUCGGGCCCAGGAACACACCAUGCGCUCGUGGGAGAACGACUUACGACGCGAAAUACUACAAGCCCCAUUGACAAGCUACGUUAUGCCUGCAUUACAGGAGGCUGUUUUCCUGGGGACAUAA